UACUCUCAAUGAAGUGAAGGGCGCUGCUUAACUUUAACUCAAUUCGGCCUCACGCUGAUGUUGAUCGCUACUUCACACGUCUGCCAUCGAUCUCCCAUUAGGCAAUUGGGAUAACCUAAGGCGUACUGCGAUAGUGUGCCGAAUACCUAUAAAGCUUUAAUGGCCGUAGACGCUAAUGGUGUGGAAGAAUCCCUCCUAGACCAAUUUCAAGAAGAUAACUGCAACAAUGACUACAUACCUUGUUCAAGAAGACACUUACAAUACGAACAAUCUCGACUUCAAAAUACGGAGAGUACCGGAAUCCUUUAGCACCUUCGUCAUUGACUUCAAGGCUUUCUUUGGUGUCAGACCCCAGCAUGUCAGCCGCAGGUUUAGCAUCUCCCUCUCAGACCUCAGCUACCAGCCAAAGAUUUAUAACCCCCGUGCCGACUGGGCAGUGACUGCUGCGUUCACCUCCUUCGAGGCGCUCCAGGCUUCCACUCUUGAUCCAGUGCAACGCUUUGCAACUAUUGGUACUGGCUCAGGCACCGACGCCAUUGCAGCGCUGGAUGUCUUUCCUCACCUUCGCAGCAUCGUCAUGACAGAUCUCCAUGAUGAAGUUGUCGACAAGGCCAAGAUCAAUCUGAUGUCUGCCGCUGAGAAGGCCGAUGGUCGGGUGAGGACAGUUGCCAGAGAUGCCACCGGACUGUCUGGUCAUAGCUUAGUGCCCCUUAAGGGCCAGGAGCCUUUUGACCUGAUAUAUGAGAACUUGCCCAACAUUCCACUGCCGGAUGACGCUGAUCUCCUGGACGGUCAGACCUCCUCCACCUAUUUCGACUGCUCAGACGUCUCGGGGGUUGUCCCCUCGUUUGUAUCCAAGGCUCUUCUUGACCUCCACUAUGUCUGUCUGUUGCAGGCAAGGACCUUCGAUCUGCUCACUGAAAGCGGUGUCGUCCUCUCAAGCAUGGGCGGCAGAGUCCCAAUCGACACCAUGCUCCAGUUAGCAGAUGCAGCAGGCUUCACCGGAAGAAUUCCGUCCAUGUCUUGGAAGGUGCAAAGUGAACCAGACUCGGUGAUUGAAGGGUAUGCGACUCUGCAGGAAAAGGGACUUGGACCGUUUUAUUUCUAUCGCGUGAGUACACUACGGCAUGUUUUCGGCCACCUAACGGGAGCUGAGGCCGGACUCCAUGCGCUGGAGAUCGAGAACGAGCUUCUGCCAGACCGCCUGGAUGCAGUGAUGGCUUUGAAAGCUCACAAACAAGGUAUAGAUAUCGGUCACCCAGUUGUCGUUAUGGCUAGCACUAGACAAUGAGGUAGCCUUGUGGUUGCUUGAUCGUUGUCGGUGUUAUAUUUCUGAGACAUGUUUCAAAGGCUAGGAAAUCAUCAGAAUCCGAUUAGGAAAGGAUUCUGUACAAAAAGUAGUUGUGGUUUCAGAAGACCGGCUUUAUGAUCGUGGGUUUCUUUCACUAACCAGCUCGUUAUUGCUCUUCUUUUCUCAGAUUGUCACCUUAGCUCAUUUAAUCGAAUGAAUCUUCUUG